AUGGCUUUGGAGGGAUUGCGGAAAAAAUAUAAAACAAGGCAGGAAUUGGUCAAAGCACUCACUCCUAAAAGACGGUCCAUUCACUUGAACUCCAAUGGUCACUCCAACGGAACUCCCUGUUCAAACGCAGAUGUUUUGGCUCAUAUUAAGCAUUUCCUGUCAUUGGCGGCUAAUUCAUUAGAGCAACAUCAACAGCCUAUUUCAAUCGUCUUUCAAAACAAAAAAAAAAAAGGCGAUACAAGCAGUCCUGACAUUCACACAACAUUGGACUUCCCUUUGAAUGGCCCGCAUCUAUGCACUCAUCAGUUCAAGUUGAAAAGAUGCGCAAUCCUUUUAAACUUAUUGAAAGUCGUUAUGGAAAAAUUACCGCUAGGUAAAAACACUACAGUGAGAGAUAUCUUCUACUCCAACGUGGAAUUGUUUCAAAGACAAGCAAACGUAGUCCAGUGGCUGGACGUUAUACGCUUUAAUUUCAAGCUCUCUCCAAGAAAAUCCUUAAACAUUAUACCAGCUCAAAAGGGUUUAGUUUAUUCGCCUUUCCCCAUUGAUAUUUAUGACAAUAUUCUGACAUGUGAAAAUGAACCAAAGAUGCAAAAGCAAACAAUUUUCCCUGGUAAGCCCUGUCUAAUUCCAUUUUUCCAAGAUGAUGCGGUCAUCAAGUUAGGGACAACAAGUAUGUGUAAUAUUGUAAUAGUGGAAAAAGAAGCUGUCUUCACCAAAUUAGUAAAUAAUUAUCACAAGUUGAGUACAAAUACCAUGCUCAUUACAGGUAAGGGAUUUCCAGAUUUCUUGACAAGGUUAUUCCUAAAAAAACUAGAACAAUAUUGCUCCAAAUUGAUAUCGGACUGUUCUAUAUUUACCGAUGCGGACCCCUAUGGGAUUAGCAUAGCCCUAAAUUAUACUCACUCGAAUGAACGCAACGCUUAUAUUUGCACGAUGGCAAACUAUAAAGGAAUUCGUAUUACGCAAGUUUUGGCACAAAAUAAUGAAGUGCAUAACAAAUCCAUUCAAUUAUUGAGUUUGAAUCAGCGCGACUACUCCUUAGCCAAGAAUUUGAUAGCAUCUCUGACUGCCAACAGCUGGGAUAUUGCAACUUCACCAUUAAAGAACGUCAUCAUAGAAUGUCAGCGGGAAAUUUUUUUCCAAAAGAAAGCUGAAAUGAACGAGAUUGAUGCCAGAAUUUUUGAAUACAAAUGA